CCUUGGCAGUACAGCUCUGACGGCUCUCAAUGGGGAGGUCUCUGUGAAGCGCGAGCCUACCUGUUGGAGCUCAUUGUGGGAGACUUGCGGUGCCGGACCCACGCUGAUCGUGGAUCCGCUUCAAGCCCAAAAACAUGUCUCCAAAACUGUUUCUGUGCGCUGUUUUGACUCUGUACCACGGGACCCAAACCUGCAGUGGAUUUAAUAUCGAUGAGCGGUUUCCUGUGAUCAAAGAAGGGAAAACCAAAGGGAGCUUCUUUGGCUUCUCUGUGGCUCUGCAUCACCAGACGGAGGGCUCAGCAAAGUACCUGCUUCUUGCAGGAGCACCCAAAGAGAAAGCCCAAUCUCUUCAAAAUGUCAAUGAAACAGGGGCUAUCUACUCCUGUCCCAUCACAAUAGACACCACUGACUGCACCAGAAUGGACCUGGUCACCACAACGGACUCCUCUGAGAUGGUGGAGGGCAUGUGGCUGGGUGUGACGGUGGCGAGUCAGAGGGACCAUCCUGGGGGACGUGUCAUGGCCUGUGGACAUCGCUAUGUGAAGGUCAUCCAGGCCGGCACAGAGGAGCAGCGGCGAAUGAUAGGAAGAUGCUAUGUCAGAAGUAACGACCUGACCUUUGACCAAUACGAUGAGUGGCAGAAUGACCGAUAUGAGGUCUGCAACCCAAACUACGACUACAGGUUGGAGGGGAUGUGCAACAUGGGCAUCUCAGGAGGCAUGACAGACACUGACGUCUACAUCGGUGCAGUGGGAGGCUACAUGUGGCAAGGAAAUGUUCAUGUAACAUGGAGGGAUCCAGAUCCAGCAAAUGCCUGGGAUUCAAGGGGCAAAGACUUUGGACAGCUAAACAAACGCUACUCUUACAUGGGUUAUUCAGUUAUUGAGGAGAAAAAACUGCUGAGCCAUGAUGAGUACACAGUGGUGACAGGGUCUCCCAGGGACGAAUCCAAGGGCUCUGUGAUGUUUGGAGCAAAGCAAGACAAAAGCAUUGAGCCUGCGCUCCUCAUCCCAGGAGAACAAGUGGGAUCAUAUUUUGGGAGCAGCCUGGCCGUCACAGACCUCAACAAUGAUGACUGGAAUGACUUGAUUGUUGGUGCCCCGUUUUACUUUGACCGUAUGAAGGAUCAGGGAGGGGCUGUAUACAUCUUCAUGAAUGAGAAUGGAUCCUUCCAGAAGACCACUUCAGUGGUGCGGAAGGGCCCAACAGGUUCUGCAUUUGGUUUGGCAGUCGCGGCUAUCGGGGAUAUCAACCAAGAUGGAUUCCAAGAUGUUGCUGUGGGAGCUCCGUUCCAUGACACAGGAAGAGUCUACAUAUGGAUGGGAAGCAAACAGGGAGUCUCAGAAAAUCCCAGUCAGGUGAUCGAGGGUAAGUCAGUGGGAAAUGGAGGCUUCAAGACAUUUGGCUACUCCCUCAAUGGAGGGAUGGACAUGGAUGACAACAGUUACCCUGACAUCUUAGUCGGCUCGCUGGACAACCGCAUAGCCCUGCUCAGGGCUCGUCCAGUAAUCCAUUUAUCUAGAUACUUUACUGUGGAGCCAGAAAUUGUAGACCCAAGUCAGUGUCCAGGAGAUACACCAUGCAUCAAAGCUACUCUGUGUAUGUCUUUCACUCUGAGCAACGGAAACAAAGACUUCAAGAAAAAUAUAAAGGUGAAGUACACAGUGGAGGUUGACGUGGAGCGAAGAAGAAGCCCCCGAGUUCUAUUUAAAGAAAAUAAUGACGACACAUACACAAACACGCUGAAUGUUCCCUCUUCGAAACCCAAGUGUCAUACCCUGGAGUUGUAUGUGGUGGAGCCUGUUGGAGACAAACUUGAGCCAGUGGUCUUUUUCCUCAACAUGUCCCUGAAUGAACAAAAACCAAAAUCCACAUCUUCCCUUGAGAAUCUGGACUCCUUUCCAAUUCUCAGCCAGGAGCAACAACUCUCUCAGAAAACUGAGCUUAACUUUCAGAAGGAGUGUGGCCCUGACAACAAAUGUAGCAGUAAUCUACAACUGAAAGCCCAGUAUGUUGACCAAAAGGAGCGUCCUUACCCCAGGCAAGAUAAAUUCCAAGUUCUUCAGUUCAACAGCAACAUGAAGAUACUCAGAUUGCAGGUGGAGGUAACAAACACUCCUGAUGGAGGGAGAGUGGCUGAAGACGCCCACCAGGCCAAGCUCAACGUCACCAUGCCUGAGGCACUGAAGUACUCUGGUGUCAGGUCUGCGGAAAGCGAUGUACAAUGCACUUUGAAUGGCACAUUGAUGUGUAACCUGGGAAAUCCACUUAAAGGCAAUGAAAAGGUGGUAUUAACAUUGAACUUUGAGACAUCAGGGAUUGAUCUGUACACACAUGAAAUUGAGUCCCAGCUGCUUCUGUCCACUUUCAGUGAACAGGAUGACCUGACGCCCGUGCCUGUGGCUCUGCUGAUUGAAAACACCAUCCUCCCCUCCUUCUCCAUAGUGAAGCCUGUGGUACAAACGACGUUCGACGGCACGGUGAUGGGCGAGUCAGCCAUGGUCAACACCAGUGACGUGGGCAGUCUGGUGGAGUUCACCUUCAGUGUGGAGGCGCAGCCCCUGGGAGACAUGGGGACUCUGGCGGUGGAGUUUGAGUGGCCCUAUGAGGUCAACAAUGGGAAGUGGCUGCUGUAUCUGACCAAGAUUGUUGUCAAAGGGCAAUCAGAGAUUGAAUGUAACCCUCCGGGAGAAAUUGUCAACCUGCUUAACCUAACUUUGUCGGAGAGCGAACGGAGGAGGGUUAAACGGCAGAUUGUGGUGGGAGAUGCUGAUGAAGAGCCACUUAUUAUUGAGCCGCAGUCAGCCAUCACACUGCUCACUCCACGCAAAGAGACCUUUCUUUUGGAAUGCUCCAAGGGAACAGCCCGAUGUGUGACAUUCACUUGUCCUCUACUCAACAUGACUGCUUCAGCAAAGAUUUAUGUCCGCUCCCGUUUGUGGAACAGCACAAUGCUGGAGGACUAUCCCAACGCUCUGAGAGUGACAGUCAGAGGUCAAGCUACACUGAAGCUCAUCACUGAUAAACCAACUUUGAGGAUGGACAGUCAGACCACCAUGUUUUCAGUCGAAAUAGAGCCUGUGGAGGGGGUAGAGGUGCCAUAUGAGCUCCCACUGUGGAUCAUCAUCUCUGCGAUUGUAGCUGGAGUUCUACUACUGGGAAUAAUCAUUCUGAUACUCUGGAAGUGUGGCUUCUUCCAGCGGGCCAGCAGGAGGGAGAUGUAUGAGGCCAAGGCCCAGAAGGCUGAGAUGAAGAUCCAGCCCUCUGAGACAGAGAGGCUGACCGAUGACUACUGAGGCCCCCCCGCGGGUCCCCCUACAGCACACACCAGUAGGGCUUAUGGCUUGGAUUCUUCAAGCGAGCCAUCUACUACCGGGUAAUGCCAAAGCACCGCGGGGUGAGAAUUUGCAAGGCUGAACGUUACCAGUUCAAUCUGGGAUUUCAGCCCGAAGAGCCACAGAAAAAGUAUUGGAUCACCAACUGGACAGAGAUGCAGCGGUACUACUACUGAGGCCUUCACUCUGGACCGUUAACUGUCACGCUGGUUUGACGCGGGCCAAACACUCAGCUCAGUCAGGCCACAUGGACUGCAGCACACGGACCAACUGUGGAUAUUUUAUUUUUACUUUGGUAGAUUUUCUUGACUUUUUCAGUGCAAUAUACUGAACAUAUUUCAGAGAUUGUAAUUUGUAAGUAUUUCUUAUGAAUGCAGUGUUGUACAGUGAAUCUAGGCUGCAUUCAAGGUGACAUUUUUGUGUCAUGUUGCUGGCAUUUAAGGUACCGAAAUUUCUUUGUUUUACUCGGACUCCGUCUUCGUCUCUAAUCAGAGGAGUGAGUCUGUUGUUAAACUCUGUCAUUGUGUACCUCUUGCCUUUUCUGUCCCAAGGCAUCAGUUAGUUUGUGGUCAGUGGUUAAAGGCUGUGUGAGGAUUUUAGACCUACAUCAGUCAGAUUCAGACUACACUGAAUAUGACCAGCAUCCAUGGAAACACAAGUGUCUCUAUGUUAACUUCCACACCAUUUUUCAGCAAAUAUUACUACAUCAACUAGCAUCUUAAAGCUCCUGAGAAGAACUUUUAGUUAUGCAUGAAUUUGGCAUCUAUUUUUUGUCCUGUAAAUGUGUAAGUAGUUUUUUCAGACAUAAAACUUAAAAUGCUGUCUUUUACACAUCAAGCACUAUGACCUUUGCCUUGAAAAACGUAAACACAGCCUUUUCACUGAGGAAAUAGAAAUAGAAAUCAGUCAACGCCCUAAUGCUCUGGUUUGCUUUAGUAGGUUUCUAAAGAGGCGCAAGUUUGAGUUUGUCUGAAGCUUUAAAUUUAGAUGUUGGCGAUGCUCAGAGCUGCUGGGAAAUAAGCAGAAAAGGUACCAGGAAAAAGGCUACUCAAUUUACAUUGCAUUUUAAAGUCCCCAUGCAUUAGAGGUACAAUAUGCAACUUUCAGUCCCACUCCGUCUCUCAGACCAAAACAAAGCUUCCCUACCUUUGAGGAAGGUGUGGCUGCACACCAUACUCCUCUGACAGCCCCUCUUGCAGACAUUCAUGUGAGACCCAUCUUUGACAGAACAGUAAUAAACACCAUAACUUUCUAAAUAAACUGGGUUAGGGUAGAGGUUAGAUACUAAAAGUUAAAGUUGAAAACCUGACCUGAAAAGCCUGAGUAAACGGUCUGCUACAGGAAAAAAGUUCAUCUUUCAUUAAACAUUUUAAUGCAGCUAAUGUUACUCCGUUUGCUAACAUAUCUACACAGCUAAUAGAGCUAACAGACCUAAGUAGCUAAAGCGAAGCUCAGAAAGCAGCUAUGUAAACUACUUAGCUACAUUAUCUAUGUAGCUACUUUUUAUUACCUAUGUUUGUUAAAGCUAACUUAGCUGCAUUCGCUCAUGUAGUAACAUUAAUUAUGUAGCUAGCAUAGCUUAGUAAGCUUUAGCUUUAGCUAAUGGAGUUAAAGUAAGCCACUACUGGUAUAACUACCUCUAAAACAGGUUGAUACAUAAUUUGAUCCCUGAUUAGACCUCUGACCUUCUUCUCUUUGAAAUGUUACUUACACAUCAUAAACUGGAGAAUUGAAUUCUUAGUGUUUAUCAUUUCAGAGUUAAACUCCCAAAGUGUAAUUUUAACUCCACUCUGAGUUCAAUGGCCAUCAGUGUUGCCGUUAUUUGACAGUGUUGAUCCAUUCAGUCUGAAUUUAACUCUGUAGACAGUCAGUUGAUCCAAGCCAUGAUGCAGGGUGUUUAGAUGUGUUGUUGAUGUGUCAAUGAUUAGAAUUAUAAAAACUUAAGAUUUACAAACAAAGUGAAAAGAAAUAACGCAAUAUUGUGUGAAAUGUAAACUUGAAACAACACUGAGUGUUGAAAAUUAGCAAGAGUUAAAAUAUAAACACUUUCCAAAGUGUAAAUUUAACUCAGAACUUGUGAGAAUUUUGUAAACUUGGAAAAAGUGUUAUAUUUAAAACUAUUGGAGCUGAGUUAACACUGACAAUUUUGUUGUGAUAGUUUGUAAUGUUUUCAUUGUGGUUAUUUUAUGAAUGUAACUGUUGUCAUUAUGUAUGGAUUAAGAUUAAUUUUACCCCCAAAAUAUAUAAAACUGGAAAUACACUGUUCCAGCAAAUUAGGGCACUUCCAUUCUGACAGAGAUGGUAUCUCACAUUAACGGUCUGCGAGAGGGGGCAUCAGAGAUCUAUGGUACGUCUAUGGCCAGAACAUCUUGCCUCCUUCAGUUCAGUACAUUUACAUGGACAGUUCAGUUGAGCUAUGGUUGUGGCUUGAUUUGAAUAUUUAACUAUCCUUGAUCUGGCAAACAUGCACAGUCGGAGAUUAAUUUAUCCAUGCAAAUAGCAUAGCAUAGCAUCAGUUUGUAGAAUCAUCCAGACACAUAUCCGUCUCUGUUACAGUAGAUGGCGCCAUGCCACCUUUCAGAAAGCUAUUAUGGACCUGCUUCCUUGUUGACCUUGCUAAUAGGUUAGCAACAAGCUGCAAGCAAGAUAGCAAGCAAUAAAUUGUACAUCAAACCUAAAAAUGUUUUUCCUGCUCUGUAAAUUUCUAGGCUGUAGUCAACCAAAGAAAAACUAAGAUUACACAACGAAACCAAAAACUAACCUACUACAUGUUGUCAGCCCUAUAAAUUCGAACAUAAUUUAUGCUCCACUUUUGGCAUAAAUGCAAUGCACACCAUCCCUGUACCUGACAGGACUACCCAUUGGUAGUUGACAGGACUUCUGUUAUAGUUAGCAUUCAUGCUAAUACACUGCUGGGUCAAAGCCAGCCAAAGCAAUCUGUCUUCCCCCACAUAGAGACAGGCUGGCAGUUGGACCGGAAGAGGUUCAUGAAAAAAAAAAAACCUGAAACAUGUUUGAACCUCUGAGCAAAACAUAAAGCAGCUAAAUGGAAGCAGUGUCCCAUCAGUAUGAACACAGAGCUGAGAAUAACAAACCCAGAUGGUUUGAUAGGGUUUUAUUAACAUUAAAAUGUUGCAUAUCAUACCCUUUAAGUGAAUAGCUUCUUGCCUUCAUGUAGAAUUAUGGGAGAACACUUGAUUCUUAUUUAUUACACUGUCUUUUUUAUUUUAGUAAAGAAACCAUCUGGAUAUAUGUGUAAAAAUAUGACGUACAGGGAGUCAUGACACUGGAUAAGAUAAUACAGGAUAUGUCUAGAGACUGUACACUCUAGCAUCAAAAGUGAAUUUAUAAAUUGUACAUACUGACAUUUAAAUUUGACUAUUUGAAUGGAUUUUUAUGCCAUUGGCUUUUGUUUUAAUGUGUUUUUGUACACUUGGAUUUUUUCCAAGCCAUCAUGGCCUACUGAGAUGGACCCGCAGCACUGAAAAAAAGACUGGACCAGGAGACAGUCUCUGAUGGGACCAUGUGUUGCUUUACCGCUGAGUUCUGUGUUACCCAAGAGUUCACAGCUUGAUACUGCAGCUCCUGCAGAGGCUCUAUAGACUCUGAGUAAAGAGGAAGGGGCUGAAACUGAUGCACAAACCCUGUUUUCUGUGGUGGUGUUGUUCUUUAUCACUGUGUCAUUUCUAUGUAAUUAAACGGUUUUUAAGAAACUUUGA